UACAACUUCGCGAUAAUACGUAACGAUGCACGUCGCGUAACCUAUGCCGAAGUCUGCGUGUCACUGUCAAAAUUGUCAAGUUUUAUAAACGUUAAUUACUCGUGAUAGAAACAACGCAAUUGCGCACAUUAGAUACGUGCAGUUAGUUUUUUGACGCUGCAAUCAUCUGUGUAGAAGCGAUUUUCGUUUAUAUAUACGCUUUACAAACGCAAGAGGUCGACAACACCCUUUGUAUUUGUGUGUGUGUGUGUGAGGUGCUGUGUAGUAUUCAGUGUUUUGCACAUCACCCCGGCCGCUGUAAUAAGCUGCAAAACACUGCGUAAUAAGUGUUUACAAGAGUGCAUUGACAGAAUAAUCAUUUCAAUAAUGGCCAUUGUUAUGCAGUGUACAAUGUCUGAGGAUUCAACAACAUAAUAAUUGUUGACAAAAAAAAGGAUAGAACUCAUUCGGUUGGAUUUGUUCAAAAAACAGAUCAAGUUGAUUUGAACAACAAUGGAUUUUGAUAAGAUUUCAGUAAUCUCCGCUGUGGGAUUUGCCGUAGCUAUUGGAGCUUUUGUGUUUUGGGGUCCUUCACCCAAGCCUCGUCGAAAAGGUCAAGUGGAAGGAAUCAGAAACUUGGGUUAUACAUGUUUUUUAAACUCUCUGCUACAAAGUUUCGCUGCUUGUCCUAAUUUCAUAGAGUGGCUUAGGAAAAGACAAGAAGAUAGCAAAUCAGACUCUUUUACCAAGAAUUUGAAUUUAGUCAUUGAACAAAUCAAUGGUUUUACUGAUGAUUUAUAUGGUGCUGUUCAGCCAGUUCAAGUAAUAAAAUCUUUGGGUCCCCUCUGGAAUUUUGCACCAGGACAUCAAGAUGCUCAUGAACUAUUUCAUGUAUUUUUAAGUGCAUUGCAAACUGAACUGCAGACUUCUUGCAAGAAGGGAUGCCUAUCUGAUGCUUUACCAGCAGCUCCUUUGGUUAUACCAGAUAUAAAAGGAUCUGGUGAUCCAAUAAUUAAUAAUACUAUAAGAAGCGUAUCUUGUAAUGAUAUUGCAGCUGCUCAUUCAAAAUGUAGCGUUCCUCCUGAAACCAACAAAAAUAUCAGCAACCAUGUUGCUUCUUAUGCUCAGUCAACAACAAAUGUAUCAGGAUCCACUUUAUCUUUGAAACCUGGAGUAAUUCUAGCCAGAUCCGCUGAUAUUCUUGCCAGUCUAGUCAUGGAAAAAAAUGGUGAAGGUGAUGCUGCACCAAAACCAUGGACAUCUAUGAAUACUCUUCCAAUGCAGACCACAGCUCCAUUACCAAAUCAAGUACAUCCAUUCUCUGGUCUAUUAACCAGCCAGUUAAUAUGUACAGAGUGUCAAUGGAGGAGUCCAGUACGUUUUGAUAAAUUUGAAAGUAUUUCAUUGCCACUUCCACCAGUUACUGAUAUGUUAAUGUGGAAAAAACUGACUCUUGUUAGUUUACUUUCUCGGCUUGUUACUAAAGAGGUCAUUAAUGAUGUUCAAUGUGAUGGUUGUAACAAGCGUUGUGCAGCCUUUAAAACAUUAACAAUUGGUAAGUUACCAAAGUCUCUGUGUCUCCACAUACCUAGAACAACUUGGAGUCCAUGUGGUCAACCAAUUAAAAGAGAUGAUCCAGUGGUAUUCAAUGAAUUGCUUGUGUUAGAUCCAUACACCUAUAAUGAAAAUAAACGAAAAGGCUUUCAGGGUGCUCCUACUGCUGCAAGUAUAUUAAACAAACAGUCUCAAUUAAAAGCAAAACACAAAUACUAUUUGUAUGCUGUGAUUGAACAUAGAGGUCCCGUAGAUGCUGGUCAUUUUGUUUGCUACAGACGGGGAAAUCGUCCAGGACAAUGGCUUUACACUUCAGAUAAUGUUGUUCAGAAGACCACGUUAGAGGACGUUUUAAAUGCUAGUCCUUAUCUUUUAUUUUAUGAAAGGGCAACCGUUACUCGAUGAAAUCGUUAAUGAAACGGUAAAAAAAGUAAAUCAACCUUAUUUUGCGCGUAAAAUUAUUUAUGACUGAUAAUUUUAUAGCUUGAAAGUGAUAGCAUGUGUUAACUAAUUUAGGUUUAUCUUCGAAUUUCAGUCACGUCUUUUAUAAGUUAUUUUAUACGUUCGCAUAAGUUUGUUUGUAAGUUUUUGUACAUUACUACGUCUAUAUUCAAUUGAAUCGAUUUGAAUUAAUUUACAAUAAUGAAAGAGACGAUAAAAACAUAAAAGUAGUACGAAUCAAGUAACUAGAUGAACAUUUCACAGUUACUUUAAAAUUCUCCGGUCUCAUGAUGAAAAUAGAACAAAAUAGGGUGAACAAAACGAAACUGAAUAAUCAUUGAAACAUAGAUCUGUGCCAGAUAUAAGCACUUUGAGAAUACUCCAUUUUAAAAUUUAUUACCAUGCGAAGUAAUUAAAUUUCUUAGAUAGUAGCAUCAGAAACUCUUGACUGAAGUAAACUACAAUAACAAAAGCUCCGUGCCAAAUUUCAUCUCGAACUACAAGCACACACACACAUAUCAAUAUCAACUCGAGCAAACGAAAAUUCCCAAAAUUCAUUUUAGCCUGCAUAACUUCGAAAAUUUCACGUUUUUGACUUCUAACUCGUUGAAAAAUU